GGGCGAGAAAAUUUUGGUAUUAGUUGCUACAAAUUGUUUAAUUGAUCAACAAUAGCUCGUCUUUUCAGUUGGAAUCACUUUUACAGUACAGUCAUGAUACACUUUUUCUUAAUUUUCGUGGCUGUCACUGCGGCGACAGCUUUUGAGUGCUACCCUAGUACUUGCAGAGGUUACAUGCAUACAUUGUGCCAAUAUUCAUCGUGGUAUCCAUCUUCAAGUUGCGGUACAAUACAUUCGAAUACUCUGACUAGCCAGGAAAUAUACGAUCUCCUUAAAAUCCAUAAUGAUAAGCGGGCUUUUGUUGCGAGCGGUAGUGAAAUGCGUGGAUCCACGGGGCCUCAACCAGCUGGAAUAAUUCCACCACUGCAAUGGGACUAUGAAUUAGCCGAAAUAGCUCAGAAAUGGGCCGACCAGUGUCGAUUUGGUCAUGAUAGUUGUCGCGAUGUUGACCGCUUCCCUGUUGGUCAGAAUGUUGCUAAAAUGAUGCACAGCGACGGAUAUAACAUAAGAUUGUCGGAUUUGGUACAACUAUGGUAUGAUGAAGUUCAAGACUUUGACAGUCGGAGUGUUUACAAUUUCGGAUGGCAAUCGUACCCACAAAUUGGACAUUACAGUCAGCUUAUUUGGGGCGAAACCACUCACGUUGGUUGCGCCGGCAUCAGAUAUGUGGGCUACGAUGGCUGGUACACGACCUAUUUGGUUUGUAACUAUGGACCGAGUGGGAAUUGGAUCGGCCGACCUGUUUAUUAUACUUACUAAUUUUUACUUAAUCCUAUCCUACUUUUUUAUAUUUAUUAUAUUUUUUUCUA